GAAAAAAAAAACCCAGCACUUCCUGUCUAGUCAAGGGUCAUGAGUGUAAACAGUUCGGUGUUUUCCACAGCUAGAUAAUCUUCGAUAGAAAAUGAAACUAAAGCACAGACUGAGAACUACUCUCACAUAAGACACAGAAGGAUCAUUAAAGCGUGCAUUCCACAGGCUGAUCUCAAGACCUACAGGAGAACCGCUGUAGUGACUCCCUCAGGGAUCUGAAUAAAUGGGAAACUCAUCAGGAUUGAGCCUGGACUCGAGUGAAGCAUCUCCAAUAGCAGAGGUACGUUCAGACAUGGAGGAGGACUGUGACUAUGACUGCCCCAUCUGUCAGGAGAUUUUGAAAAUGCCCAUCCGCACCAAGAACUGCCAGCAUGUGUUCUGUCGGAGCUGUUUUCAGAUGGCGGUGAGGAGUCAGGGCCCUCAGUGCCCGAUGUGCCGGAGCCCUGUGUCUGAGAGAGAGCGCAGAGCCACAGACAUCCAGAACAGGAUGAGACAGACGAAGGGCAAAUGCAGAGCGUGUGGAAAAGAGAAACUUCUCAGCAAGAUGAGGCUCCACUACAGAACCUGCAGGAAGUACACCGAGGAAUUUGGUCCUAUUAGUGAAGCUACAGUACCGCUUCCUGUCCAAACUCAGAACUUACCAGAAAGCAGUGUAUUUAUCCACAACUUCCCCAUUCCUGCACCAUCCAACAGUGCAGCAAGAGUGUACACUUGUCCUUACUGCUCACUCAUGGACCUCAGUGAUAUAGCCCUGAUGGAGCACUGUGUUUUCCAACACCAUCAAGACAACACUCCAAUCGUGUGUCCAAUCUGUGCGAGUAUGCCAUGGGGGGACCCCAGUUACAUCAGCCGUAACUUUAUUGGCCAUUUGUUGCACAGACACAGAUUCAGCUACACCAGCUACAUGAAUGAACGCGAGGAUGAAGAUAUGCAGCUCUCCUGGGCGCUACAGAUAUCAGUCCAGGAGUUUUGAAAACUCGUUUAUUUCUGCCUCGCCAGAGGAUCCGCACUUUAGCCGAUUGCUGAAAAACACAUCAGUAGUCAUCAUUUGAACUCCUCUUCUACUUCUUCUGCACAGAAAUCAGUGCAUUAUGGUGGACAUUUUAGCUUUAAGUGACAAUUUUAAGAAAAAGUUUUUCAAAAACCAGUGUUUUUUUAUGCACACAGAUGUUCAUAUUCCUGUAAUGAAAUGUUGACUGUAAUCACACAGUGGCUGUACAUUAGUUCUGAUUUGAACUGCUUUUACUCUUCAGGGGAUAAACAGACCUUCAAUUU